AUGGUGAGAAGAAAAUUGGGAAACAUGACAUAUGGAAUGACGGUAUAUGAUUACUUUGAUGUUUCUUUAGGCAUAGAAACACGAGUGCUGGAUGUAACUAAAAAGGACCAAAUUGAAAAAUUAUCUCAUGGAAUUGAUAGAAUUGAUGUUCUUUUUAAUGUAGCUGGCUUUGUCCACCAUGGAUCCAUUCUAGAUUGUGAAGAAGCACACUGGGACUUUACGAUGAAUCUUAAUGUGCGGAGCAUGUAUCUCAUGAUCAAAACAUUCCUGCCAAAAAUGAUUGCUCAAAAGUCUGGGAACAUCAUCAACAUGUCUUCUGUGGCUUCCAGCAUUAAAGGAGUGGUAAAUAGAUGUGUAUAUAGCACAUCAAAGGCUGCUGUGAUUGGUCUAACUAAAUCGGUUGCUGCAGAUUUCAUUGAUCAAGGAAUAAGGUGUAACUGUAUAUGCCCAGGAACUGUGGACACCCCAUCUUUAAGAGAACGAAUCCAAGCCAGACCAGACCCUGAGCAGGCUUUGAAGGACUUUCUGGCAAGGCAGAAGACUGGCAGAAUGUGUACUGCUGAAGAAGUAGCACAUCUUUGUGUAUAUUUGGCUUCUGAUGAAGCUGCCUAUGUGACCGGUAAUGCACAUAUUAUUGAUGGUGGCUGGAGUCUGUGA